ACCCGUAUGUUAUGUCAUUUCAACGGGUAGAAGAAGAGGGCGAUGAGUACCUGGACGGCGAUCUUCCGUGGUAUUGGGAGGAGAAGACGACGAAAGAGGGCUUUAUAUUUUAUGUGAAUCACAAACAACGCUCGACUCAUUGGAUGCAUCCGAGAGCAGAGUCAAAACGAGUUUACGAAGAGUUGCCAUAUGGCUGGUCUGAAGAGCCGAAGACCGACUCGUCUCCUAUCACCUUUGUUGAUCACAUAAGUAUGAAAAAGAGCUACUGCGAUCCGAGGCUUAUUCGAAAUGCAGAAUCAGAGAACGAGUCACAGAGAUCCAAAAAGCGGAAAAAACUCGGAGCCGGCCUGACAGCCAUGGACGUGCUAGAAGGCAAAAUACUCACCAACCAAUACGUCAUUAUUACAGGAGGAAAUUCAGGAAUCGGGUUUGAAACAGCAAGGGCUUUAGCCAUGCAUGGGGCUCAUGUUGUCAUUGCUUGUCGAGACAUGGUGGCAGCACGAACAGCUAUAGAAAACAUUUGCCAGCAGAAGUGUGAUGCAUGUGUGGAGGCGAUGCACGUCGAUCUCGGAUCGCUGACAAAUGUGAAAGCGUUUACUGAUGAGUACAAGCGAAGGCAGUGGCCUCUUCACUUGCUCAUAUGCAAUGCUGCCGUGUUCGGUAUUCCCUACACGUUGUCCGAUGACGGUCUGGAGAUGAACUUCGCCGUUAACUAUCUCGGUCAUUUCUAUCUUACUUGGCUACUACAGGAGGAGCUCGUUGCAUCGAGACCAUCACGUGUAGUUGUCGUGUCAUCAGAAUCCCAUCGUUUCUAUUCCCUGUCUUGGAAUCAGGAGUUAGACUUGGACUUAGUUCCCACACCAAGGUCAAGCUAUUGGUCUAUUUUGGCUUAUGGACAGUCAAAACUUUGCUGCUUGCUGUUUGCUAUUGAGCUCAACAGACGGCUAGCAAAACACGGAGUGAAAUCGUAUGCAGUUCAUCCGGGAAAUAUGGUGUACACUGGACUGGGGAGACAUUCUUGGUUUUAUCGGAUGUUGUUCUUUCUUGCAAGACCGUUCACCAAAUCAAUAGAGCAAAGUGCCUCAACAGCACUCUACUGUGCUACACUUACAGAACCAGACGAAAUGGGCGGCGGCUACUUCAUCGACUGCACCAAACACGAACCAUCAGACGAAGCCAAACAACCAGAAUUAGCCAGACGGCUGUGGGAACUCAGCAAACAGAUUAUAUGCCAGAAAACAAAUUUGUACAACAGUUAGUAACCGACGGGCACCAAAUUGUGUUGUUACUCGACUGUUUCGACAAAAUUAGACUGAAUGCUCUAAAUGUAUUUUGAUACAAAUCUCUGUGGCGUUUCAGUGCCAAAGCUUCGACGAAAAAAUUGCUGUAAAAUACGAUGCAUUUGAGUGUAUGCA